AUGGUGAAGCAGAGACAGGCGGCCAACGCGCGGGAGCGGGACCGGACCCAGAGCGUUAACACGGCCUUCACCGCCCUCCGGACCCUUAUCCCCACCGAGCCGGUGGAUCGGAAGCUCUCCAAGAUCGAGACCCUCCGCCUGGCAUCCAGCUACAUCUCCCACCUGGCCAACGUGCUGCUGCUGGGCGAGGGCUGCGAGGACGGGCAGCCCUGCUUCAGUGCCAUCUACGGAGCCAAGGGCGACCUGGACAGCAAGCAGCCCCGCAGCAUCUGCACCUUCUGCCUCAGCAACCAGCGGAAAGGGGUGAGCGGGGCGGUGGGAUGGGGGGCAGCAGCCCCUGCAAAGGCUGAGAGGGCUAGGAGGCUCAAUACGUCCCCAUAG